UGUAUAAGUUUUAUUUAUGUUUUUAAUUAUUGCAAAAUAUUUAGAUAAAUUUUAUAAAAAAGAGAUAUUAAUUUAAUAUCGACAGAGAGCAUUUUUUCGCUUAAACAAAAACCCUUCCUGAAGCGCACGCACUUGCAAUAAAUAGGUCAGCAAAAAAAAUCACUUAAAACACUCGAAAUCAUGUAACUACAGUCACAGAAGCCCUCCUACCGAUCAUACAAAAUAUGUACACUUGUGCUUGUUGUUUCUAUAUUUCAAACGCGCAGCCGAACCAAUUAACAACAAUAAUAAUAUUACUCUCUUUCAAAUACUAUUUGUGUGCAUUUACAAUAGCAAUAAGAGCAAAACGAAAGGCAAUAAUUACUGUUGACAAGCAAGCGGCGGGCUUGUCGCGAAAGUGCUAAAUAUAGAAUAGGAAAAAGGCGAUAAAAAGCAAUCAAAUAAAAGAGAAGGGAGUAGCGAGUAAAAAAGCAAAAGAAAAAAGACGGUAGCAAAAUAAAUGAGACAAAUAAAAGCUCUCACAACAUCAUUGCAAUUGGUAUUGCAUGCAAAAACGUGUUAAAUUACAAGUGAACUCUGUACUCAGGAGCUUCGGCUGGCAGCAGAUCUGCCGCUCUCACACGAUCUGGGCCUCAAUCGCGAAAUUUCGUCAAAAUUAAAAUAAAAAAAAAUUCUAAUAAAUAUUUUUAAUUUGAGAUUUCACAAAAAAUUUAAAAUAAAAAUCAGCACACCCACACGCACAAUACAGUCAAAAAAAAAAAAACAGAAGGAAGAGAAAACUUUUUGACGCCGCAACUGGAAAUAGAAACAAUUUUACAAGACGACGAAACAUAACAGAUGGAGGCACACGAACGGCAAACGUGUGACUUUUGCAACAGGCAAGCAUUUUUCGUUCAUAAAGUCCACUGCUCUCCUCCCCAUCAUUUGCUUUGCCAUACUCGCGCACGUUUCCAGUGCUUCAGCUCGAACAUUACCCGUAAGAAGACAAAUACUGCACACUCUCGAAAGCCGGAUGCAGCAUCAUAAGAAUCUGAUGCUUCAGGAAAGCGAGCGUAUGCCCAGCCACACUGUACCCACAUAUCGCCAUCAUCACCUAAACAUUCGUUCGCUUGACAUGAACUGCAUGGACAUUGCAAAAGUUGUGCGUAGCUUGAAAAUUCAAGCUGAGGUGUCGCUACAAACGCUCAAGGACAAUGUGCAUAACUAUACUCUUCCCCGUUUCAAUACAACACCUGAAAAUGCCACAGAAUAUUGGAUUAAAUCCAAAUUGAAUUUGUCGCAUCCAUAUCAAAAGUUCUUGGACCGUGAUUUCACGAAAUCAGUAGUGAGUCAUGACUUUAGUCAUUUGGAGGGCAAGACAUUGGAUGAAGAAUUGCUCAAAGUCGAACUGAACAAAAUCUACAAGACCAUCAAAACGUUACAAAUCAUUUUCACACGCCUCUCAGAGGAAAAUCAAAAGAACGAGCAAGCUUUAAUGCAUAGAUAUCGUCAGGGUUUCAAUGACAUGAACAAAUAUUUGGAUGUCACACGUGUCGAAUUGAAUAACAAUCUACAGAUCACAAAAUCCGCUAUUGAUACGCUUCAAAUUACAAUGGAAAACUUCGAUGAGAACAGUGUCACCUACAAUGAGACCGUCUUCGCGAAAGACUGGUUGAUGGUUGUCGAAAAUAUAAGUUUCCUGCAGUAUCUGGAUCAGCUCUAUGCAUUGUUGUUGAAGAUGUGCAACGGUACAAAAUGAUAUCUCAACGCAAAAGACAUGUAAAUACUCGUACUCGUAAAAUAUAUGUAAUAAGAAUAUAUUUGUAAACGCCUGAGAGGCCGUCGUCACACCAAUUCGAUACAAACCGAGCCAGCAACAAAUCAUAUGCAGGAGAACGAACGCAGACGAAGACAAACGAGCACAAAUAUAUGUAUGCACGAGUAUGUCAAUAAAAUAGAUAUAUGUACAUACACGUGUACAUGCGUAGGCAAAAUGCAUGUUCGUUAAAUUGGGAGCCAAGCAGCGGCGGUGUUGCUUUUUUUCGUUGAUCUCUUCCUGCUCAAAUCAUCUCGUUUUACUACAGCCUGAGGGAUGUAUAGGACGGAUGCGCGCGCUGAUGGGUUGUAAGUGAAUUUGGGUGUGCGAUUUUUAGCUAGAGACUAUAUCCUAUUUAUGCUUUAUUUUUAUUACGGAUUCAAAAAGCUUUUGCUUUUCCAUUAUGACAAUACCUUAAUUAUUAUUAUUAUUAUUAAUAUUGAUAUUAUUAAUUUUAUAAGACAUUUUUUAGAAACUUAAUUUAUGAGAGAUUUGACGAUAUUGAUUUGCUUACAAUUUUUUCGAUUUCAACUU